AGUUUGUAAACAAUGAAAGGAGAUAUGGAGUCGUCAAGAGGUCUUACCUAAAAAUAUCGCCCUGUACAGGCCAUAAUAAAUGCAUAUUAUAUGUCAUACAUGCCGGGCACACCCGUAAGGAUUAAAACAAGCGGGAAAUAUACGUUUACCUGGAUUCCAGCUUUGUAAAACGUCUUUUUGUGUGUGUGAAAAUCGGACCGUUGGCUGGCGAGGCGUUUGUUUUUCUACACACUAGACAGACAUCAGACACAACGGGCUGGAGAAAGGACGGUCCGUGAACAGAAGAGAAGCCUGACGAGUCUUUUAAAGGCUACAUAGACGUGAAUUUGGAGGGUUUGUUGUGCCGUUUAGGGUCAGCUCAAUGGGGAACUGUCUGUCUUCUCAAGGCGCUGAUGAUCUGUCCUUGCUGAACGAGUCCGAGGGGGCGAGUCUGCCCGGAGAGCCUCCGCCGCCCUACCAGGAGCGGGUGCAGGUGCCAGUGUAUCAUCCCACACCCAGUCAGACGCGCUUGGCCACUCAGCUGACGGAGGAGGAGCAGGUCCGUAUUGCUCAGCGCAUCGGCCUCAUCCAACACCUGCCCCGCGGGAUCUUCGACCCGGGCUCAGAACCCUCCGACAAGAAGAUCAAAGAGUGUGUGAUCUGCAUGAUGGACUUUGAGUACGGCGACCCAAUCCGGUUCCUGCCCUGCAUGCACAUCUAUCACGUGGACUGCAUUGACGCCUGGCUCAUGCGCUCCUUCACCUGCCCUUCCUGUAUGGAGCCCGUCGACGCUGCACUGCUGUCUUCCUACGAGACGAACUGAGAGUGCCUGCGCAUACCGAGGGACAUGCCAAUGAUAAUGCAAUGAACGCGCUGGGGACAGUAGAAUGAACAAAUGAAGGUGGUGUGACUGUGUGUGUGCUGACAGACUGUAAAAACAGGAUCCAGUGUUAAAUUUAAGAGGCCUGUCACGUGCAUGUCAAAGCGCUUUUCGAACACAUAUACAUGUAAUUGAUGUCAAAGUGAAGUUUAGCAAAAUGAAAAAACACUGAAGCAUCUCUAAUGAAGAUAGAGUGUUUGAAGGGCCACUUUAAAGAGCAUUAAGGGUUAGAUGAUUUUUUCCUUUUUAGUUCUAACCAAAUUCAUUAAAUGUGCAAUAGAAUAUGAAAGCUGCCCGUCGCCAAAAUCCCACCAAUGAGAUUGUCCCUUUCUGAAUCUGACAAGUCCGGUGGGCGGAGUUUUAUUUCUGCUGGCUGUGAAUGUGCCUUUUAAGGCUCUCCAUUAGAAUGCUGAAAAACCUUCAUUACACGAGCGAACAUGAUUUACGAGAGAACGUGUGCCAUGAUAAUGUUUUUGUUUUUACUUGCAAGCUCGUGAUGCACUAACAGGUGUUUGAGGUGGUAGUUUUACAUAUUUUUUUUUUUUCUGGGAUUUUCUCCGUUCUCUGUCCCUGAUCACUACGGAUGUGUGCAUCCAAAUAGCUUGAUAAAUGAGCAGUGUGUCGUGAUAUGUCGUUUUGUGUUAAUCGUAAUGGGGUCGGUGAUGAGGUUGUUUAUUGGUAGACUCUUGAGUUUUGCCUUGUCAGCUGCUGUUUUCCAGGUUCUGGGAUGUAAGUUGCCUUUUUACACUGGUAUUUGGAUCAUCUUUACUCUAAAUGCUUGUUUUUGGUGUUACAUGUUGGAUCCUGUAUGUCCCCAUUUAGCUUCGCCUUGACUUUGCCUUGUCUGUUUGGAUAGAACUGUGGGGACCGUAUUUAGUAGUUUUAUUUCUUUAUUUUUUGAAGAGAAUAAUAAUAAUACAAUCACCAAACUUUGUGCACCUUUCAAAUUGACUGAAAGUCGACAUUUAUAGUGAAGGCUUUAAAGUUAUUCCUUGUUUUUUUUUCCUGAUUAGUGCAAACUCUUUUUCUUUUUUUAAAACUGAAAAAAAUAGCUUCAGUCAGUUUUAAUACUGUUCGUAAUGUCUUUUCUGUAUGUUAGCUGAAUAUACGACCUUAUACCUGUCACAGUUUGAAGUGCUUGUGCAAAAAGGAAGAUUUUGAUCUUUUGUUGUUUUGUUUGCUCAGUUAUCGUGCUGGAUUAAUCAUGUUAAUCGGACUGAACAGUGUUAAGAGCUCCAUGUUUGGCCUCAGACUAUAUUCACAAAAUAUUUCAUCCUGCUCAAGCUUCCCUUUGUAUCUUUGUACUGAAUCAUUGUGACUUAAAAUGUGAUUGAAUUCCAACAACAGCAUCUGAAAAUCUUGAAAUCACAUAUACUGCUCUUAGAUAUCAUAUUGGAUGAGUUACUUAAUUUUGUUCCCCGUUGUUCGAUUCAGAAUUGAAAUGUAGCUCUAGCACAGCACAAAUGUAAAAAUAAAUGUAAUAAAUAUGUGAAGUACAAUCAUCACAACAUUAUAUUUUGUUUCACAAUAAAAUGAAUUUAAUUUUUAAAAAGAGUUGCUUGGUGCCAUAUAAAUGUACAUUUGCCAACAAACAUGCUAUUAAAAUGAUCUGUUUUGUUCAUGUGCAAUAAUGGCACAAGAAUAGGAUUAUAACACAAUAAAGGUUGCCAAAUUCUUCAAA